AGUGCAGAGGAAGGAGCGCGUCCGCAGCACAAUGGCGGGGCCAGGGAGGCAGAGAGCGGCUGCUGCGCGUUAGCUACAGAAGUGGCCAAUUUCAUCUGACUGAAGAAAGGACCAGGAAGUCUCGCCUGAAAGUGAAAAUGGCUAAAAUGCAAGAGGAGAGCGACAGCGGUGAUGUUUCUGCGGAGCGUUUGCUGCCUUCCCCCUCCACGGUGCCUGCCGACCAAGAGGGCCUGCAAGCCGGAUACGGAGAGAGACUGGCGCCUGGACAAGAAGCCGGGGAGGGGUGGCGGAGCGGAGCGCCGGAGCCGCAGCACAACAGCGCUUCCUCCACGGCUCAGAGACCACCAGAAGAACUGCUGCUGCGAAGUUUCCAGAUUCCGCGGAAGAAUAAAGAAGCUAAAGCUCUCUUCCAGUACCUGCUCCCUGACUCCCACGAGUUCAAUGACAUUGUGAGCAUCCUCUGCUCCUCCUACCUGGAGCCGGCGUCUGCGGGCACCUUCACCUACGCUAAAGCCCGCUUCGUCCACAGCGAGCUGCUGGAGAAGGAGUUCUUUGAGAAGAAACGGGAGAUGAAACAGGAAUCGCGCAGCGACAGUGAACUGCUGGAGUCCUACUGCUUCCUGCUGACGGACAGCUCCAAGAUGCCUGGCAUCUGUGAGAAAGGUCUGUGUGUGGGACACAGCCGCAUCACCACCUUGGGGAACCCGGCCAUGGGUGUGUACCUGUCCCGAUACUCUGACUUGCUGCAUAUGAAUCCCUUUCCUGUCGGUGUCUCUGGAGAGAUCAUAAUAUUUAAAGUCAUCAGGGGUAGGGUGAGGAGCUUUGAGAUCGGCCUGAAGAACGUUCUGGACCCCAGCCCUAAUUAUGACUGCCACGUGUCGAAGAAGGCGUCCCGAGUCCCCUCCUUAUUGUCCUACAGAGCCUUCGAGAUCACACAGCAAUAUUUUUAUGAGUACGCCUUCGACGAGAUCAGACUGCGCCCUCGCCACGUGUGUCCGUACGCUGUGGUGUCCUUCCUCUACACAGGCCAGCAGGGGGCGCCGUUGCCCAAACCCGCUGCCCCGUUCAGGUGCGCUGCUGCCCAGAGCGUCAGCAGUGAAUGGGACAGCUCGUCUGUUAUCACCGUGUUAUUCCUGCUGUGUUACUGUGUGAAACACUCCAUGUUACUGACUGUAUUCUCUCUGCUCCCAGGCCACACAGCACCGGCUCUGAAGGAAACAGAGGAAGGAGCAGCUACACGGUGUGGAGCGGAGACCUGCAGAACAGGGGCCAGGUGGUGUCCCGAGUGUACCUGCGUUCCUCUUCCCGCCCCUUCCUGCCCGUCAAACUGUGAGUCCCGCCCCUUCCUGCCCGUCAAACUCCCAGAUGUUCUGGAGAUGGACAUGGCGAUUCAGCUGGACCAGGUGAAGCAGAAGAUCCCGGCGGCCCUGUUUUCCUGGAACACCUACAGCGGAACCCGAGAAGUGUUGAGGACCGGGCUGUAUGGCAGUCUGUUGGAGGUGGUGGACUUCAGCAAACAGAGCAGCGCGCUGGUGACUCUGCUGCUGAGACUGGAGAGAGAGAGGAUGGUGCUGCUCAAGCCGUUAAUAGAUGGCGGCUUCCUCUUCCUGCUGUCAUCUGCGCAGAUGGUCAGUCCCAGCGUGGGAGACGGGGAGUGGGCGUGGCGUCUGCAGGCCCUCUUCAUCUUUCGCGAGCCCAGAGGAGUGUCGGGGCGCAUGUCCGGGUGUGGGGUGACCCCGGACGCCCCGCUGAUGGCCGGGUUGGGGCGCUUCCUGCCGGCUCUGCACUACGCCCUGCGGAAACUGCGCUCCGCUGACCCUCCCGACCCCCCUGACCCGGCAGCGGGCGUGGCCUGCCAGGCGCAGGACUACCUGCGUAGGUGCGGAGCCGGGCUGCGGCCGUACUACAUGAGCGAGUACCAGCAGAACCUGGAUGAGAAGCCGCACCUGUACCCCGCGCCGCGGGAGAACCCCGGGCUGGACGGCCGGCUGCGAGCGUACCUGACCCAGCCCACCUGCUACUGCGUCCCCGUGGCUGAGGCCCAGGCCAUGGUGGACAGCUCGCCGCCCCCUCAGCAGCUCCCACCAGAACGCUGUCCCGCGACCGACACCAGGGGCUCUAACGACCAGCCAGGGGGGCAGAAGGGUGCUGGGGUAUGGUCCAAACAGAAGAAAGGGCGUGGCCUUCCUCAGGGAAAUUAUGAUCAGGCGAUGGUGAAAGAGCUGCUGAAGGUUAUUAGAAACCACAAGAAGAAGCUAGGGAAGGAUGUGAGGGUGGAGUCAUGGCAGGAGGCGGGGUCUGUGGAAGGACAGGGGGUGGGGCCAGAUGAUUGGCAGGGGGCUGGGUUAUUGGAUGGUGUCGAUGACCUUCAUGGACUGAAGAGGAAGCUGGGAAAUAAACCCACAGGAGUCCCCUCUAAGUGUCAACGGAUGGGUUUGAGCUCUCUCCUCAGUGACAAGCUCAUAACAGGUGACAAGGGCAAUCUCAGUUCCACUCCAUCCCUGUCCACAUUUAUGGCUGGGCGGGACUCUGACCUGAGGGGGCGGGGCAUUGACCUGAUGGGGCUGGACUCUCACCUGAGGGGGCGGGACAUUGACCUGAUGGGGCUGGACUCUGACCUGAGGGGGCAGGACUGUGGCCUGAGGAGGCGGGACUCUGAUCUGAGGGGGCAUGACUCUGACCUAGGGGAGCUGGACUCCAACACAGAGACACUACUGAACAUCUUGCUGGCCACGCUGAAGCACACCAUGACCCCCUCCUCACCCACCGAGCCGGCCGCCUGCAGCGUGGAGGAGCCUGGGGCGGCAGAGAGUUUGCCGCACGAUGGCUGUCUCAGUGGUCUCGGAGACUUCGGCCUGCCUGCGGGCUGUGACAUCGACCUGCGCAAACGGCUCGUACCAGAGAGCCAGGAAGAGCUGAGCCGACUCGAGGAUCAGGCAGAGGGUGGUGCCAGUCCCCAGGGUGGCACUCGCCUCGAGAUGCCCAGCGGUGAGCAGAGCCACGAGGAGAGCUAUCUGCCGUGGAGACUCAUCCCCAUCACAGGUAUGAAGUCAGAGGGUUACCGGCGUCUGAAAGAGGGCGACCCGCUAGAUCCUCGCAUCCUGCGGCGCUCAGGGCCCCGCGUCCGCGCCUGUCGCAGGAGAGCGCGGCGUGCGCUCUCUGAGCCAGCGGGGGAUGAUGGGAAGGUGGAGGGUUCCCUGGACGGCGUCCUGGAGGAGGAGCUGAGCAGCUUCAGCGGGGAGGUGCAGGAGGUGCUGGUAGGAGCGGGGGUUCCCUACAGCUCUGAGACCCCGGCCCCACACUGCUCCCCACAGGUGCUGGCCUUCUCCCAGUAUGUCUUAGAGCUCGCCCCCCCGGUGUCUGUGAAGCGCUACAUCAGGUCGCUGUGGGAGGGGAUGAACCGUGUGAUUGGCUCUCAGUCUGCUCCUGCCCCCUGUGUAGCCCAGCCCCCCAAGUCAGAAUCUGCCCCUCCCACCAAGCCUUCAUCUGCCCCACCAACCAAACCGCCAUCUGACCCACGCACAAAGCCUUCAUCUGCCCCGCCAACCAAACUGCCAUCUGACCCACGCACAAAGCCAUCAUCUGCCUCGCCCAUCAAGCCAUCAUCUGCCUCGCCCACCAAGCCAUCAUCUGCCUCGCCCACCAAGCCAGAAUCUGCCCCGCCCACAAAGUCACCAUCUGCCCCGCCAACCAAAGCGCCAUCUGACCCACGCACCAAACCUCCAUCUGACCCACACACAAAGUCUUCAUCUGCCUCGCCAACCAAACCUCCAUCUGACCCACGCACCAAACCUCCAUCUGACCCACGCACAAAGUCUUCAUCUGCCUCGCCAACCAAACCUCCAUCUGACCCACGCACCAAACCUCCAUCUGACCCACGCACAAAGUCUUCAUCUGCCUCGCCAACCAAACCUCCAUCUGACCCACGCACAAAGCCUUCAUCUGCCCCACCCACCAAACCCUCAUCUGCCCCGCCCACCAAACCCUCAUCUGCCCCACACACCAAGUCAGAAUCUGCUCCACCCAAGACCCCGAAGACCCGCCUCCGUCACAGACACCCCUCUCAGGGCGUGGUCAGAGAGAAGCACCCGCAGCCCCUGGUGGGGAAGGUGGGCCGCACCGGGAUAGAUUCGGGCAAGGUGGCAGCCGCUGGGGAAGCUGCAGGGGGCACACUGUUGCUGGGCAACGAUGUUCCUGCACCUGACCCCGCCCCCAGGUCCACCUCCAUCAGCAGCCUGAUUGGUCAGGUGGGGCCGGAGGUGGUCAGAAGCCUGGUGGAGAUCAUCCAGGACGUGCGGAAGAACUCUGUUAAGUUCUACAUCCAUCCCGGGAGCCAGGACGCAGCGCGCAGGACCAUGCACAGAGAGAUCAAGGAGUACCUGAGGUCUCUGGGGAACAAGGAGUGUGACCCAGAGACGUUCCUGCAGAGAAAGAACAGUCUGGAGAAGCUGCUGGUCAUCAUUCAGAACCAGGACAUCGCUACACACCUGCACAAGAUUCCGGCUCUGGUGUCGCUGAAGAGGCUGUGCCAAUCCGUCAGCUUCGCUGGGGUGGACAGUCCAGACGAUGUGAGGAACCACAACUACAACGAGGUCUUUGUGUCCGGCGGCAUCAUCGUGUCUGACGACUUCGUCCUCAGCCCUGACUUCAUAACCCAUGCAAGGCUGCAGGCAUUGCUGAUGUCACUGGAGGGGCGGAGCUCUUCAGAGAAUCUGUGGCAGUGGAAGAUUCACCUUAAGACCCAGAAGAAGUUGAAGGAGCUCAGCAGGCUGAAUGCAGAGGCCGUGCAGCUGCUCAGGCUGCUCUCCACCUAUCAGAAGAGGCGUGUGGUGGAGGUCCUUCCGUACCACGAGUGUGAUGGCUCGGCUUGCCCCACCCCUGACCUGGACUGCCUGAUCCGCCUGCAGGCCGAAAACACGCAGCAACGACACUUCAUCUUCCUCACAGAACGUCGGUUCGAGAUGUUCUCCGGGUACUCUGAUAAUGGGAUUGUGGUGGCCAGUGUUGAUGAUGUCAUGACCCGCUUCGAGAACCUUGUUGGCACUGGAGGAAGGGAGUUGCCUAACCCCACCCACCCCAACGCGCAGACGCCCCCGGCAAGUCAGAAACAGAUGGUCAGGAAGUGUGUCCAUGUGAUAAAGCAUGGGCCUGUGCAGGAAGGGGACGUGUCUCAGGAACCUGUGAAGGAGAGGCCCACCUCCCCACCAGAGGACACCAGCUGCCCCCCCCCACCCAAAGAUGCGGCAUUCCAACCCCCCCUGCCCAAAGAGGCUGCACUCCAACCCCCCCUGCCCAAAGAGGCUGCACUCCAACCCCCCCUGCCCAAAGAGGCUGUACUCCAACCCCCCCUGCCCAAAGAUGCUGCACUCCAACCCCUGCUGCCCAAAGAGGCUGUACUCCAACCCCCCCUGCCCAAAGAGGCUGUACUCCAACCCCCCCUGCCCAAAGAGGCUGUACUCCAACCCCCCCUGCCCAAAGAUGCUGCACUCCAACCCCCCCUGCCCAAAGAGGCUAUAUUCCAACCCCCCCUGCCCAAAGAGGCUGCAUUCCAACCCCCCCUGCCCAAAGACGCUGCACUCCAGCUCCCGCUGCCCCAGGAGGAGCAGUUUCACCCCCCCCUCCCUGAGCAGCGGGUCCUGGACCCGGGGCCCCAAGCAGCUGGAGCCGGAGUGUCUGCGGGAGCCCCUGAACGUUUGCACAUGGAGGCCCUGCAGCCAGUCUGCCAGUUCAGUGCCUCCGGCCAGGCGGCCUGGUGGUCACUGGAGUCGGUGGUGGGCGGGGCCUUCGGGUUCAACCCCCACCAGAGCCUCGUCAGCCCGGCCUCGCUGUGGACGCCCCCAGCGUACCCUGCCCCCACUCAGGAGUUAGACUGCACACCUCCAACCUUGGCCUCAGCCCCCUCCCUCAGCGAUUCUCACUCUGUCCAGCAGGGGGCAGCCCAGCCCACGCUGCUUUUGGCCCUGCCUCACCCCCUGCCUCAGCUGGAGAUAGGCAGCGGUGCUCUGCUGUGCAGACCGGUCAGAACCGGUUCAGACCCAUCAGGCUGUGAACCUGCAGCCAGCCCAGGACCCUGGCCCCUGCUGCGGCCGGGGUGGGGUGGGGGAGAGAGGGCGUGGCCCAUGGGUGCUGGCCCCGCCCCUGAGCUCAGGGACCAGGCGAGUGGGGGCUGGGCAGGGUCAGUCACAUGGGCGGGGCCAGGGCAUGGCUAGGGGGGCAGGGGUGAGUGUCAGGGGUGUGCCUGACUCACUACACCCAUACACCCCCAGGACAGAGGAAAGAGGGGGAACUGUCAGGGAAACGGCACCUGCAGCCUGCAGGUGAUGACUGCUGGGUACAUGCAGGCAAGUGCCCACUGCUGCAGUUUUGCAACACUGUUUAUGCCAAGAUUAUUUUGUUACUGCCUUCAAGUGAAAAAGGUCAAUAUCAUUUUAAUGGUUUAUAUUUUCAG